UUAACUGUUUAGAUGCCAAAGUCGUUAGUUAGUCAAGGGGGACCGUAGAGUCCGGGUUGGAGUGAAAGGAGGCAGCAUGUAGUUGUAGUCAGACCGUGUUAGUUUCGGUAUUUACACCUCACUGUUUCUCCAAACCGCUUCGUUCACCUGGAGGCUGCUUCACCGUCCAGCAGACAUCAUGUUCCUGCGCGGCUCUAAAAAGCGACGGUCGACCCGCUCGCAGGAGGAAGAGGACCCAGACAAAGGCCAGCCCUGUAUGCGCUGUGGAGACCAGUGCCCCGGCUUCCGUGUUCACGGCUGGAGGAAGAUCUGUGUACACUGCAAGUGUGUGCGAGAGGAGCAUGCUGUGCGCUCGGUCCCAGGGCAGCUCGAAAAGAUGAUGACAAAGCUGGUAUCAGACUUCCAGAGGCACUCCAUCUCUGAUGACGACUCGGGCUGUGCCUCUGAGGAGUACGCAUGGGUCCCACCUGGGCUCAAGCCCGAACAGGUGUACCAGUAUUUCAGCUGCUUACCAGAGGACAGGGUGCCUUAUGUGAACAGUCUCGGUGAAAGAUACCGAAUCAAGCAGCUGCUACACCAACUUCCAGCCCACGACAGUGAGCCCCAGUACUGCAACUCUCUGGAUGAGGAGGAGAAAAAGGAGCUUUGUCUGUUCAGUCAACAAAGAAAAAGAGAAAACUUGGGCCGAGGCAUCGUCAGACUUUUCCCUGUAACCAUGACUGGAGCCAUCUGCCUGCAGUGCGGCAGACAAAUCUGCGGUGGAGAUAUAGCGGUGUUUGCCAGCCGGGCAGGACACAGCAGCUGUUGGCACCCUCAGUGUUUCCAGUGUGCCUCCUGCAGUGAGCUGCUGGUUGAUCUCAUCUACUUCUACCAGGACGGGCAGAUAUACUGUGGCCGGCACCACGCUGAGAGGCUCAAGCCCCGCUGCCAGGCCUGUGAUGAGAUUAUUCUAGCAGAUGAAUGUACAGAGGCAGAAGGAAGAUACUGGCACAUGAAGCACUUCUGCUGUUUUGAGUGUGAGGCGGCGCUGGGCGGUCAGCGUUACAUCAUGAGGGAGAGUCGACCGUACUGCUGCUCCUGCUACGAGUCCCUGUACGCAGAGUACUGCGAUACCUGCGGAGAACACAUAGGUAUCGACCAGGGCCAGAUGACGUACGAGGGUCAGCACUGGCACGCUGUGGAGUCGUGUUUCUGCUGCGCCCGCUGUCGGCUGCCUCUGCUGGGCCGUCCCUUCCUCCCGGGGGGCCUCAUCUUCUGCUCCAGACCCUGCUCGCUGGGCGAGGACCCCAAUAACUCGGACUCCUGUGACUCUGCUCUGCAGAGCAGACCGCCCCAACACAGCAGACGGAGUGGGACAGAGAAACGCCAGCAGCUACAGUGUGGUUCUCCACUGCAGCCUCUAGAGGGCAUCCACCCCACUGUAACUACUGCAAAAGACUGCAUUCACACUGCAGUGGAAAACAAAGGUGUCCACUGUACUGCUCCGGUUCAGAAUGGACUUCCUUCGCCCAGCGGUCAUCUUCAUCCAAGAGGCUCCUACUCUCCUCUUCCCCACAUUCAUCUAGGAAAUGGCUUAGGUCCAUCCUGGCCCAGUGACCUCCCACAUUACAGUUUACUGCCAGGAGACUGUACUGUCAAACCUCCAGUCAGUGAUCUUCAGUUGCAAGCAGAGCUAAAUGGAAAUGCUGGACUAACUGGUCUGAAUUCCAGAGGAACCUCUGCUGAUAAAGACUGUAGGAACUGGGUGGAAAAGACCAAUCAAGUAAUGCAAGCGUUUCCUCCUAAGAAAAACUCACACAUGAAGCAGCUCAUUUCCCCCGACUCGCCUCCCCUCCCACCAAACAACCCCUCCAGCCUCCCACCUCCUCUGCCCGUUAAGUCUCGUGACUUGAUGCCCAGAGAUUCACCUCCUCCAGCCCUCCCUCAGCCAGACGACAGACCCUCGGACCCUCCUCCCCCGCUGACCCGCAGCAGCACGGCCAGAGUCAGCUUCAGAGAACCAAUCAGCAGCAGCUACUCGGUGGAGGAGGAUGAGGAUGAAGAGGGGCACCAAGAGGAAAACCAGCAAGAAGAUGAGGAGGAGGAGGAGGGAGAGGAGGAGGAGGGAGGUUUUGGAAGCAGGUUACAUCUGCAGAAAGGCAUCCCACCACAGAUGGACCUACUGGAUGGCUCUUCAUACCACGCGGCUGUCGGCCCUAGACGGGGCUGGAGUCGCUGCCGUAUCCUUCAGAUCCUGCCCCUCCACCAGAGUUCAGAGCGGCGCUCUCGACGCUCGCGCCCGAACCGGCCCCACCUGGACACCCUGGACUGGAGAGGCGAGAAAGAAAGAGACACCCGGGGCUCCUCCAACUCCCCUCCUUUGACCCUCCAGCAGGGCCACUACAAACACGGAGACUCCUGCUCUACCUGCUCCUCAUCCUCAGACUCGGAGGAGGAGGGCUACUUCCUGGGAAAACCAUUCUGUUCCCCCACAACUUCGAAAGCGGGAGCCCGAGGGGUCAAAAACAGAGAGGAAGACGAGGUGAAGGAGGUGCAGAGAGACAAAGGACUGAGAGGCAGCAUCAGACGGAGAAGAGCUCACAGUCUGGGUGCAAAGGACAAAGAUAAAAACUGUGCUAAUCUCCUAACCCCCUGCAGCUAGCAGCAUUAAAACACAGCAUGUUAUUUUUUAAAUUAUGGUGCACAGAAAGAGCUAAUGACCAUCAUCAAUCUGGUGUUUAGCGUGUUUAUGGCGGUGACGUAGCGUUAGAUCUCACACACAUAUGCAGACUUUUCCAAAAGGUGAGCCACAGCCAUUGUUCCUGACAAACCACUCAGCAAAGGGAAGCAAAACAAACCUCUGAAGUCUCUGCCUUGUGUUUGAGGGUUUGAUGUCUUGUGAUGAAUGUGGAUUGAGUAUUUGUUAGUAAGACUGUUAGUCUGAACUGUUGUUAGCUUGCUGUGAGAUGUGACUGCGUUUUAACCUCAUCAUUAACAUAUGCCAACCUGCAGCAGCACGUAUGACCCGGGCCACUUUCACAAAGACGAGAUUCAACCACGACUUCAACAUAACUCCGACUGAACUACUGUAUUCCACUGUGUACAAAGCUAUCAAAGUGUGACUACUUUUCAUUUAAAUUUGGACUUUUUUUCCACGCUAAUAAACAUAGCUGACUAAGCAACCAUCUCAAACAGCUCAGCUCCAUGGAGGGUGUUUCCCUUCCUGAACAUUUUAAUGGAUACAGAGACAUUUAAAUGGGAAACGCAGUGAAGUUCUUCUGUUAAAUCUACAGUCAGGCUCAGAGCAUGUGAUUGCACUUUCUAAAAACUCUUCCUUUUUCAUUCCGUUCUCUAAAAAACACCAAUCAUGAGCAAUGUUUUCCAUUUUUUUCUGUCUUUGGGAACACUGGUCAACAGGUGUCAUUAGUUGUAACCAUGGAAACAUACAGAAAGGUGACAAAUAGGAAACACCCUUCAUUCCCACAGUGAGAGGUUUCCGGUUGCUCUGUUCUAUAGUGGGGACAUUUUGCUGGCAUGAUUUGUGUCCAUUUGUCCUUUUAGAGGAAACAAUCACUGCAAAUAAAUACAGAGUUUUUCUAAAUGA